GGAGAACAGAGCGUUACUUACUUCUGUCAUCAGCAGCCCUCGUGGAUUUUAAUUUUUUUUCCUGACGACAUUGGAUCAAAUGAAAGCAUUGUUUGGACUUCUUUGUGAAUAUCCAGUGAAAGUCAGUGAUGGUUGUCCCGGACACUGCUCGCUCUGCCUGCAUGAAGGCUCUGCUGCUGCUUUGUUUAUGGGAUUUGUGUUUCGGUCAGAUUUCCUACUCGGUUCCAGAGGAGGCCAAGAAGGGAACCGUUGUUGGAAAUCUAGCGAAGGAUCUCAGUCUCAGUGUGCAGGAACUGGAGUCGCGCAUGUUUCAGCUUGUGACUGGAUCUAACGCCAAGUAUUUCGAGGUAAAUCGGAAAAGCGGUGUUUUAUUAGUGAAUGACAGAAUAGACCGAGAGGAGCUGUGUGAAAGCAAACAGAAAUGCGUGUUGAAUGUUGAAGCGAUGAUCCACAAUCCUCACAAGCUCUACCGGGUUGAAAUUAAUAUUUUGGACAUUAAUGAUAAUUCUCCGGUGUUUCCACGACAAUCCGCUGUUUUGAACAUUAGUGAAAACGUCCUUCCGGGAGAUCGGUUUCCCUUAGUCAAGGCUCGUGACAUAGAUAUCGCAGGUAAUUCAGUGAAAACUUAUAAAAUAAAUGCAAAUGAAUAUUUUUCUCUGGACAUGCAGAGUGAUUCAGCUGAGCUUCUUCUUCAGAAAUCUUUAGACCGAGAGAGAGAAUCGGUGAUUAAGCUCGUGCUGACUGCUGUAGACGGCGGGACUCCUCCCAGAUCCGGAACAAUGCAGAUACUGGUGAAUGUACUAGAUAUAAAUGACAACAACCCGGUUUUCACUAAAUCUCUUUACAAAGUCAAGGUCCAUGAAAACACAACUGUCGGAACUAAAAUCCUGACAGUUUCAGCUGCGGAUGCAGACGACGGGGUGAACAGUGACGUGUCAUACUCGAUUGUCAGUGAUGAAGAAAAAACGGCGUAUGAAUUGUUCUCCAUAAAUCCGGUUUCUGGGGAAAUUAUUGUUCAAGAUAAUAUUGAUUAUGAGGAAAAUCCAGCUAUCGAGCUGAGAAUUCAGGCUCAGGACAAAGGAUAUUCUCCAAGAAUGUCCAGAUGUAAAGUGUUAAUUGAGGUAGUGGAUGUGAAUGACAAUGCACCAGAUAUAUCAGUUACUCUGCUCAUGAGCUCCGUAAGCGAGGACAUCAAACCCGGGACAGAUGUUGCAUUAAUCACUAUAUCAGAUAAAGACAGUGGAGCGAAUGGGAAAGUGAACUGUAAAAUUAUAGCACCGAGUCCUUUUAAAUUACAGCGAUCAUACAAAAACUCUUACGCUCUUUUAGUGAAUGAAGCUCUGGACAGAGAGCGGCUCUCACAAUAUAACAUCACAGUCGUAGCGAAUGAUGAGGGAACUCCUUCCCUCUCGAGCAGCAACGUUAUAACAGUUCAUGUCUCUGAUGUGAAUGAUAACGCCCCUUUAUUUCCUGCCCCGGUGAUAAACAUUAGCGUGAAAGAGAAUAGUCCAGUUGGAGGGCUGUUAGCAUCAGUAACGGCACGAGACUUAGACAUCGGUGAAAAUGCCCUCGUUUCAUAUUCAUUAAUGAAUGCAGAGAGAAGCAGAGCGUCAAAUGUGAUGAACAUUAACUCUCACACCGGUGAACUGUACAGCCUGAAGUCUUUCGAUUACGAAGAAACGAAACGACUUCAGUUUCAAGUUCAGGCCACUGACUCUGGUGUCCCUCCGCUAAGCAGUAACGUCACUGUGAACGUUUUUAUCCUGGAUGAGAAUGACAACAGUCCAGUUUUUCUCCCUCCUUAUUCUGAACCCGGGUCAGUAAACACUGAGAACAUUCCCUACUCUGCUGAAGCGGGGUAUUUUGUGGCUAAAGUCAGAGCCGUAGACGCUGAUUCAGGUUAUAAUGCACUAUUAUCUUAUCACAUCACUGAACCAAAGGGAACGAACCUCUUCCGAAUCGGAACCAGCACAGGAGAAAUAAGGACUAAAAGACGAAUGAGUGACAAUGACUUAAAAACCCACCCUCUUCUGAUCAGUGUCUCGGAUAAUGGAGAACCUUCACUGUCCACGACUCUGAGUGUUGAAGUUGUGGUUGUGGAAAACAUGGACAUCCUGCAGCCUUCACUAAGACAAGUGCCAGUAAAGGAGGAGAAUGUUUCUAAUCUGAAUCUCUAUCUGCUCAUCGCUAUUGUCUCAGUGUCAGUGAUAUUUUUACUGAGCCUCAUCGCUUUAAUAGCAGCUAAAUGCUACGGGACAGACGGUGGGUUCAGCAGGUCCAGCGCUCCAGUGGUCACUACACACCCUGACGGGAGCUGGUCUUACUCCAAAUCCACUCAGCAGUAUGAUGUGUGUUUUAGUUCCGACACACUGAAGAGUGACGUCGUGGUUUUCCCCUCGCCGUUUCCGCCUGCAGACGCAGAGCUGAUCAGCAUUAAUGAAGGAGACACUUUUAACAGGACACAAACUCUUCCUAGCACUGGGAAGGUAAGGCCGUGA